CGCCGGCAGGGAUUGAAGCGCAGCAGCCUGAGAGUAUCAGCCGCGGACUUCAACACUGGCCCCCCGCUUCGCCGGGAGGCUCACACUGUGACUCGGUACACGGCUGGAGAAAAUGUCGAACAUCAACUGGAAGCCCUUUGUUUUCGGCGGGCUAGCUUCUGUGACGGCGGAAUGCGGGACCUUCCCAAUCGACCUAGCCAAGACGCGUCUUCAAGUUCAAGGCCAAGUGGGCGACAGCAAGUACCGAGAGAUCCGCUACAGAGGCAUGCUCCAUGCUAUAGUGAGGAUAGGCAGAGAGGAGGGGCUCCGGGCUCUGUAUUCAGGGAUUCAGCCUGCCAUGCUGCGCCAGGCCUCCUAUGGGACCAUAAAAAUUGGCACAUACCAGAGUUUGAAGCGACUGCUGGUUGACAGACCAGAGGAUGAGACUUUGCUGACUAAUGUGAUGUGUGGUGUUCUCUCUGGAGUCAUCUCCUCCUCCAUCGCCAACCCCACUGAUGUGCUGAAGAUUCGCAUGCAGGCUCAGGGAAAUGUGAUCCAGGGCAGUAUGAUGGGCAACUUUAUCAACAUCUACCAGGAGGAGGGAACAAGAGGACUGUGGAAGGGCGUCUCGCUAACGGCUCAGCGGGCAGCCAUCGUGGUCGGGGUGGAGCUACCAGUCUAUGACAUCACCAAGAAGCAUCUGAUCCUGUCGGGUUACAUGGGGGACACCGUGUACACACACUUCUUGUCCAGCUUUGUGUGUGGUCUGGCAGGGGCUUUGGCCUCCAAUCCAGUGGACGUAGUCCGGACGCGCAUGAUGAACCAGAGAGGAGGAGCUCUGUACCAGGGAACGCUGGACUGUAUACUGCAGACAUGGCGCUCUGAGGGCUUCAUGGCCCUCUACAAGGGUUUCUUUCCCAACUGGCUCCGCCUGGGACCGUGGAACAUCAUUUUCUUCCUCACUUAUGAACAGCUGAAGAAGAUCAAUGUGUGACGGACAGAAUGAGAGGGUGAGGAAGAGAUGAGUAUGAGCAUGCGCUCCGACGAGCUGAGAGGACCAAAAUCAGGAAUGUCUGCACGGGGAUGGAUCCUUGACGGAACCGCCGAACGGGGGAUGAGUGUUGGUGUCGAGUCUACACUGUAGACCCAUGUAUGAGGGGAGGCAUGAGAAUUUCGCCUGAUUCCUGUUUGGGCUACUUGUCGCCUAAAGCCUAUGGCAAGUGUGGAAGACACUCAUACCUGAUGUUUUUGGCUCAUCCAAAUGCUAUGGUCAGCUUAACUGCUCAUUUAGAUUUAAUAAUAGCCCCCUCAUGUCACCUAAUUUAUUGACUUGUAAAUGGGAGAGAACUGUAAGAUGUAAAAACAAGCUCAGACUUCAUCAUGACGCCUUUUGUUUUCAGUCAAAAGCUGCUUUUAUAAAUGAGUCUAAUGUCAUGAGGAAAACACAUGAGGGUUUCCAGUCUUCUACACUUAAGUGGUCUCCACAUUGAGUGCCUUAGUUUGUGACACAGGCUGUUUGCGCCCGGGUUGCAUAAGGACUGAGAAUGUCAGAUAGCAGCUGACAAUCGCAUCAUUCCCUUUUGAAAAUGUUUGUGUGCAUGAGUCAACAAACUUGGACUAGGAUCUGGUGUUUUUCUUUUCUUUUUCUAUAUUUCUAAAUUGGGAGUUGGGUGUGUGAAAUUAUUUAUUCUAAGAGUCUCCCUGGAGUAUUUACAGAGUCAAGAGCCAAGAAUACAUCACGGUGCACUGUAAUAAAUAACAGUAUUAUAAACAGCCUGCAAACCAUGGUGGGUUCUGAGACAGACAGACACACGCACACAUCACAUGCCCAUAUGUGGCGAGACUAGUGGUCCCUCAUGCCAGCAAGUGCAAACAGUAAAUAUAACCUGGGGCAGCUGGACGUUGAGUCUGCACUGCCUGGCUUCUGGUGUUUUCAUAUACGUUGCUGUAGAAUCUCAUUACAAACACAUUCUGAUGUUAUGUAAACCUACAUAUUAUCUCUGACACCGCUUUUGAGCACUGGGACAGAUUAGAGCAUCCAAGGUUUCGCCAUACGACGAUGUUUAUUGCUUGAAUGCACUGAAACCACUGCACAUGAUCCGUGGUUAACGCCAGGAGCAUUUUCAUGUACUGUAUUUGCACGCUGUAUGCUUAUUUGUGAGCUUUCAUUGCAAAGAAUGAAUAUGUUGCUGGCUGUCGUGCGUGAGCUGCCAUUGCUGCCAAAGUGUAAGCCAGUGGAACUUUGUCAUACUUUUGAUGUAAACGCUGCUGUAGCCCUGUAUAUUUGAAAUAAAAGAGAAAAAUCCACUA